AUGACCGAGACAAAAAUUACUAAUCCCGAAUUUGUGGCACCACUGGCGCAGCUCUUUGCCUAUAGUCUGAGAUCUCCGAUUCUUCGCACUCCUGAUGAAGAAAGCCUGGAGUACGAAGAUAUAUCGUUUUCUUCUCUCGACGGUAUCGUCCUUGAGGGGUGGUUCAUCCCCGCCAGGGGGUCCAACAAACUCAUCAUCGCCAACCAUCCGAUGCCAGGCAAUCGAUACGGCUACCCAGGCCACCUGCCCGAGUUUGCACAGUUUGGCGGCUUCGAGUGUAACUUCCUCAAAGACUACAAAGCGCUGCACGACGCAGGAUACAAUUUCCUCUGGUCCCGGCCAGACACGUCGUAUAUGGAGCUGGGUUUACUCAGCCGCUGUCUUGGGGCCAACGCCUCCAUCAUCGCCAUGGCGCACUAUCCCGCGCAUUUCACUGAUAUCCGUGCAAUGAUUGCGCUCCAACCAGUCUCGGCUCGUGCAUUCAUCGAGACGGGGGCGAAAGCGGCUGGCCUGGAUUCUCGGACUGUGGCUGUAGAGUUUGACAACACCAUCCAUAGGCUCACGGGGUUUCAUCUGGAUGAGCUGAGCCCGACCCCUUACGCGGAACGGGUCCAGACCCCGACAUUGGUUGUUCAAGUGCGCGAGGAUUCCAUGACUCAUCCAAGUGACGUGCAAGAGAUCUAUGACCGAAUUAGUACGGAUAAAAAGGAGUUGUUCUGGAUCGAGGGGACGACCAGAAGAUUCGAUGGAUAUAAUUUCUUCGGGCAUGGCAAUAGUCAGACUUUGGCCUACAUUGGCGAGAACGACAUCAGGUAUUUUGUCAUGAUAGUUGCUUGUAACAAGACGAACUAUAAGGUAUUCUUCCCGUCUCUGCGCAACUCCGAUGAAGCCUUUAUCGGCCUGCUAGCGGCAACAAAGUGCCAUCGGCUCAUAUACUCCGUGGACCAGGCAAAAAGAGCUACGCAUGUUAGUGAAAUCUGUAGGACUCCUUUGGUCCAGAUUCCGUCGCAGCAAGAAAUGUUUCAAGACGCAAAACAUUAUCCUUAUUCUAAGACAUAUGAGGAAAUGGUGGAUGAAACAUCCUUCAUCAUCCAUAGCUCUGGAACCACAGGUCUUCCCAGGCCAAUUCCGUUGACACAUGGUUAUCUCGGGGUUUACGACUACUUGUCUACAAUCUCUUUUCCAUCACACCGAAUUCCUUGUUUUCACUAUAACUUGACAUCCGAUGAUUUGGUUCUGUCCACAGCCCCGUUCUAUCACAUGAUGGGUAUCUACCCCCUGUUACACGCUGUAUUCGGAGGCGUACCAGUCGCCAUCGCACCGAGCCAACCGCUCUCGAUGGGCUUUCUGGUGAGCCUCAUGAAGAUCGCCAAUCCCUCUGCCGUGAUUUACCCUUCCUCUAUUCUAGAGGAUCUUCACAGCUCCAGGGAAGACCUAGCGCAAUUAAGCCGAAUGGAUUACGUCUGGUACGGGGGUGCUCCUCUCUCUCCGGCGGUGGGCCAAGCUCUAUCAAAAGUCACCAAUCUGUGCCAGUUCACUGGUGCCACCGAGAUGGGCUUUAUUCACUCGAUGAUGGCCGAAGACAAAGAAGACUGGGUUUAUUUCGAGUGGACACCCCAGUUCAAUGUUAUCAUGGACCCUGUUUUUGGAGACGGAGAGGGAAUUCUCUUUGAAUUGGUGGUUCCUCGAGGGCCGGACCGUGAUGCGCACGGCAUCUUCCACACAUUUCCAGAUCUGCAAAUCUACCGGUCGAAUGACCUCUACACGCAACAUCCCACCAAAUCUCACUUAUGGAAGUAUUAUGCUCGGUAUGAUGACAUCGUUGUGCUCAGCAACGGUGAGAAGUUUAAUCCUGUCGGGAUGGAGAAGGUCAUCGAGGGCCACUCGCUCGUCUACAAGGCUAUGAUCACAGGAAAGAAGCGGUUCCAGGCAGCAUUGCUUGUACAGCCAAACUGGUCUCUGUGGGACGAUAGAAGAAAGGAAAUAUCAUCGAGCUGGAACUAUGUAGAGGCCAUCUGGCCGUCUAUUGAGGAAGCUAACAAAGGUACACUGCAACGACUCAAUACAGAGCGUGACUACCGGGUUAAAAUUGAGGCAGUCUAUGAGCAGCACGCUAUCAUCUCGAGUCUUAGAUUCCCGGAGCACCCGCUAUUUUCCUCAGUCAAGGACUUUAUUGCCCAGGAAGUUGCGUCUCAACUCCACAGGAAUGAAAUUUCUGAGACAGAGGAUCUCUACACGGCUGGUCUGGACUCGCUGCAAACCAUCCUCCUGGCAAAUGUGAUUGCGGAGCUUGUUCGAUAUUAUUCUCCCCAACAACCAGUGAGAAUCGUCCCGCAAACAAUUUACUCCAAUCCAACAGUCAACCAGCUUUCAGAGUCUGUGAUGGCCAUAUUGCAUGGUAAAAACGCUGCCGUAACAGAGCCCCGGGCAGACAAGCUCGACCGCCUAGUGGAUGCCUACACCGAUGGGUUGCAAUACCACAGUCCCGGAGAACCAAGCGAAGAAAAUGUGGUUCUCCUCACUGGUCCCACUGGCUCCCUCGGAACCUGUAUCCUGAAUGUCUUAUUGGGGAGAGCCGAUGUGACAAGGGUCUACUGUCUGAAUAGAUCCCCAGAUUCCCGCAGGGAACAGGAGAUGGCCUUCACGAAGAGGGGUCUCACCCGGCUGCCGGUCAAUGACGAUAAGGUCAAGUUUCUUACUAUAUCAUAUGGCAAGGAGAAGCUCAAUCUCGGUGAAAGUAAUUACACGGAAUUACUCAACUCCGUCACAACGAUCAUUCACAACGCGUGGACCCUGGACUUUAAUCAGGCGGUCGAAUCCUUCGACCCACAUUACAAGGGCAUCCGCAACUUAAUCAACCUCAGUCUUGCUAGUCGACAUCGCGCUCAUCUUUACUUUGUGUCGUCUAUCAGUACCGUUGGAGCGUGGAUGCCGUCUGAGGCACAGCUCUCAGUUCCGGAGAUGGUAUGCGAGACUAGCGCUGCAGUUAUGGCAUCCGGAUACGCAGAAUCGAAAUAUAUCGCAGAGCGAAUUUGUUUGACUGCAUCGCGGAUUGCUGGUGUUUCUGCGACAGUUCUUAGGGUUGGGCAGAUUGCGGGUCCGGCGGGCGCCAUGAAGGGUGAAUUGAGUCGGCGGGAAUGGAUCCCUUCGAUCGUGUUGACUUCGAAGAUGAUAGGGAAGCUUCCUAAUUCAUUGGGUACGAUGGUGGUUGAUUGGAUUCCGGUGAAUACUGUGGCUGAGAUCAUUUUGGAGCUCAUAGACUAUCGGAGCUUGGUUUCUGCGACAGAAUCUUUUGCGUGCUUUAAUAUCGUCAAUCCGAAAUCAACCAGUUGGCAUGUGCUUGCGUCGCCGGUACGAGAAAGGUAUAAUUUGGAGUCGGUCAGUCUAGCGUAG